AUGCGCUUAAAUAAUCUAUUUGGUAAUUGUAACUUUGGCGACAUUUCAUGGACUGCAUCACUAAAAAACACGGCUAGCGGGCAGAUCUCGGCAAGUAAAAUGUCAUCGUGGAUUGGCCACGACGACUAUUGGCCAAUCGCGGCCCAGUACAGCGCAAACUAUGCUGUCAUGUAUCGACCCCUACCAAUAAAUUAA